GCGCAUAGCCAUUUCGUUAAGCCUAAGGGUGAUUUAUGAUUUUGUAGCUUCGAUUAACUUUAGUAUAGUUUCGCAGUUACGUCCGCGAAAAGGCAAUAAUAAUUAUAGUUUGUUAUAAACUGCGACACAACGUCACUUAGCUGCUCCGAUCGAAAGGUCGUAAGUUUAUCGGCAACGGCAUCGGCUGGUAUCGGCCAUUCGGCUUCGAUGAACAUUUGGCGGCGCUAGUGGAUGAGUCAUAGGAAGUAAGUUUACUUGCUUGUCUCUCUGGCGAAUCUCAUCAUUUUUGUUUGUUGUGCGAGUGAUCGCUUAUAAACACAUCGAUACAAGAUCGCAACUAACGGUACCGAGUUUGAGACUACGUUUGGCAGUAAACGUCGACUUCAAAGCGCUCAGUGAAGUGGAUGACGAGUGAACGACUUUCUUUUUGUUUGGAUUUCGUAGCAAUGCAGCAGAGACCCCGGACGAACGACGUUAUCACAGACUAGUCGAGCCAAGGGGCUGCCAAUGCAGUCAUGGCGAAUAUAAGGCGCCAUUUCAAUUUUGGAUCGCACAAGACCGGGUCCGUCAAUCACUUGGGCUCGUCACAUGGCCAUCAAGCAAGCACGGAGGGUAUCGCUUUUCCAGACCAUGCGUUUAGCAGGUCAGCCUUCAUGAACGAAGUAUGCAGCUUCCUCGAUCACUGCUCAGCCUAUAUACAGGCCCUGAACUGCUUCUGUAGCUCCAGCAGUGUGCUGGCAAAGAGCCUGGUGCGGGUGUUCCACAAUGUGCCAGUGUACCGUGAGGUGGCAGCCCUUUUCCUGGUGGCCUGGGAAGACUUGGGGCGGGCCACUGCUGCGGCCAGUGCAGCAGUCAAGACGGAGACACUCAUGACACUCCAGGAUGUGCUCACCAAGCUGGAAGGAGAAGGCCCGGGCGAUGAGUCGGCAGCCCUGACUGAGAGCAUCCAGGCCGUUGGCUCGUGCCUGGGGUCCUACCUGGAACUACAGGUGCAGCUCUCUUACUCGGCCUGGAAGGCACUGAGCAAGAUCUCCAAGAGCUUGCCUCAAGAGAGGAGUGCCAGCAAGUCAGCUGCUGCCAAGUCGUCUGCUGAGCUCACUGCUACAAUCAAGAAGCAUUUUGCAAGCCUGUUACACAAGGUUGGGGCCAGCACCAAGCAGGGCAAUCCAAGCAGUGUUGGCUUUGCGGACAGCCAGCAAGGCCAGCUCUACGUGGACUACCUGGCACAGGCGCCUCCACCAGCAGGGAGUGCUGCCACGGAGGCGAGGGCAGACAAUCAGCCUGCGGUGACAGUUUCCAGCAGUGAAAACCUCGAGUGGCCCCGCUCUCCAGAAAAGCCGAUGGUUAGCGCACCGUUACCGAGCGAGGCCGCUCCUGCCACCGCCGCCGCUGCUCCCGCCGUUGCCGAAGGAGCUGAGUGUGCCCUAGGCGUGCUGGGCAGUGCCGGUGAGCUGGAAGACGUGAUCAACCUGCUGUCGGCUGCGCCGGGGCCCCCUCUGGGGCACGAGCCUGUGCUGGCCCCCUUGGCUCCCCUGACCCCUGGCAUGUGGCCCCAGUCGCUGGGGAGCAGUGGCAAGCGCACCUGGCCCAGACCCACCAGCAGCAACGCACAAGGCCUCAGUGCCUUUGAGAUGGACCAUUUGGUGUGGAGCAGCUCGGCCCAUUUUGACCAGCGGGGCUUCUGCUCAGCACUGCCGUCUAGUCAGAGUGACUGCUUAUCUGGUGGAUUCUGGUCUUCUGGUGACAGGCAAGGGUGGAGCUGUUUUCUAAGCGGAGAAAAUGGGAGCUCGAGUGAUGAGACGUCUUCCAACAAUGGCCAUGACUCGGACACUUUCCUCAUGGGACUGAAUCUCGCAGGAAGUGAUUUGGUGGCAUCUGUGAGGCAGAGGAGGCACAGUAGCAGCGACGGGCCUCCUGAAGGACUUCACAAUGCCUUAGACUCGUCGAAUCACCCCGAUACUGCUUGGCCGGAGGUGCGUGCUGUGAAGACAUCGACGUGGCCCCUGAAGCAGUCCAGCUCGUUUCCCGUGCACGUGCCCUUGUCCCACUCUGCGGGCGACGCGGCCGGUGAGGGCUGUUCCCUGGACAGCACCUGUGCUACCACGCCGGGGCCUCCAGGCAGCGCCAACUCAUACUUCCUCUUUGGCCACGGCUCAUGACGGUGCUGGUCGGGCAAACCUCCCUAGCUCGCUUGUCUUCUACCUCUCUCCAUGGCCAGCAUCUCUGCUGGCCACCCGACGAAAACCGGCCACUUUGGGGGCUUUUCGUGACACUUGGCUAGUCGCAGUGCUGUGGGCAUUGGGCUCCUUGUGGCAGUGCGCUUAGGACUGCCGGGUUUCCAGCUGAUCUGUGUGCGUGGUGUCGUUCGUGAACUCUUUUUUGGUUUCUUCGGCAGCACCAUGGUGCCAUGCUGGCAUGGACCCUGCGUGCUUUUUUAUCUUUUGGACAGGCGUGUUCGAUCGGACGAGUUCUGUGUUGCCUAUUUAUCGUGCAACUGUAAACAAAACUUUGGGGGAAAGGGGGGGGUAAAAAGAGUGUUCAUUCUCACUUUUACACAUUGAGGAGAAAUUUCGAGCAUAGUUUGGUGCGUAAUGUGGAAUGUAUGUCAGUUUGCUAGACAUUUAGUGUGCACAAAUUGUUUGCAGCAGUUACCCUUUUUUUCUCGGAGCAAUGGCUUAUCCAACUUGGACAUUUGCUGUUCAUUAUGCUGCCACAGGUAAACUUUAUGCAUGCUUCAUUACACAGCAAGCAAGAGGUAAGCAAGCUGUAAGAUUGCUGCAAGGGAUUUAUGCUGCCAUUUUAAAUGCUUUCAUUUUUUUAGAAUAUUUUACAAAUGACCGGGAUUUGAAACAGUUUUUAAUGGUUUGUGCUUGGUAUUCUGUUGUGCAAACACGCUCCAGCCAACAUUAACUACAUUUAAAAGCACAAACAUAACACUCUUUUGGGUUUCCAAAUUUACCGGUGAAUUUCACUGUAAAGUGCUGCCAUUGAGGCAGCAAUUGUAGUAUCCCAGCAGUGAUUACUACAUGCACAAAGCUAGGAUUUAAGAAGGUAAUCUCCGAUUAUGCUCACCGAGUUUUCUUCAAACUGUUGCCAGUGGUUGGUGACCACUCUUAUAAUAGCUGAAAUUCUCUGAAUAGAAACAAUUCAUUGCUCGGUUUGGUACCAUCUUGCAGAACGUCUUGCACCAUGAAUAGAAAAAUGAAGCCAAAAAAUGUAACCAAAUUCUUGCUUUUUUUUUUUUUAAGUGGGAUGCAUAUUUUAGCACAUCUUUUUUUAUGGAUACCACUGGUGUUUGCUAUUUAGAUAUGUAACUUAAAGGGAUACUACAACGAAAUUUCGGCGCUUAUUUUUUGGUCUAUAUAUGUUCAAAAAAGCACCAUCAAAUCGAACAUACCAAUAUCUUGUUAAAAAAGUCACGAAAGGGAAUUUUAAAACAAAUUAAACGAUUAGCAAAGAGCACCUGGUGGAUGUCGCUAACGCCUCGCUUGUAAUGCCCGUCUAGCAACCUUGGCAGCUAGUGACGGAGGUUGUCUCGCCUCCGGCCACGACGAGAGAAGAGGGGCAGGAGGAACUCCCCUCUUCCAGAGAAUGCCUUUUGUGUGUCACAGAAGUCGCUAUUGUCCCCCUACAAGAUUAUAGGAGAUUAACCCGUCGCUCAAAAUUUGUACAAAAGCAGCCGCUUCGGUGGCUGGAACGACUAGGCCAUCCUCUCGACGUCAGCCUCGCCAUAGCUUUGCUCGUCUUGAGACGACCUACGUCACGAUUGCGUUGGAUGUCGCGUGGUCUCCGCUAGGCCUUCUCCGAGCGCUUGCCAGGGUGGGCCGUUUAUAACGAAAAAUACAGCCACCAGGCUCAAAAUACAAACAUGCGAUUGUCAUUUACGGAUAUUGUGGAUCAUAUUCAACCUAUUUUUGAACACGACGGGAAUAUUUCAAAUUUCGUUGAAGUAUCCCUUAAUGUCAAUUCUAGAUCACUUAUUGAAGUUUCUUAGAGCAAAACAUGAAAAGCUAAGAAACUUAAUGAAGGCCAUUUUUUCUAGUUGUGUAUUUGUUUUUGAAGCCAUCUGUUCUUAAACAUUUUAUUGUAGUACAGCAGUUCCCUACGCACCUUAUGAAACCUAAUUAGUACAUUUCAAGAGCAAUAGUCCUAACCUUCAAUAAACCAUGAGCUUGAUAUUUCAAAAAUGUUGAAUAGCUAUCCAUGUUUACAGCAAAGUCUUUUAAUUCUUGAACUUAAGAGGAAAAACAAUCUUUGUAUUGCAGUUUAGUUAUAUAUAUAUAAAAAAAAAAAAUGCCAACUUUGGGCAAAUUGUUUGUAAGAAACUUGUCAAACAUGUAGGGGGCUUUUUCACGUUGCCAAGAAUAAAUGACUUGAGAAUAUAAAAUAUCAUAUUUUUUUUAUCCUUAAGGGGAGGGAGCUCCGGUAAAAUUUUGAUGGUCAUUGAUUUUUAUAUAAUUUUCAUCAUGUACUAAGUAUCCACCUGUGAUAUGUGUACGAGAUAUUUAAUCAAAAUAUUCAUCUUCUUUAGGGAAAAUUAAUAUUUAAGUUUACGCAUACUCCUUUGAAUCACUUAUUGCCGCUCGACUGGCAACAACGAGCAGCGGCACUCGUGACGUCAAAUGAAUCCGAGAGCAGACGACGCUCCCUACUCCAUGGUGUUGUGCGUUCUAGCGAUUGUGAGCAUCUGUGGUUUUGCUAAUAACAUCUGUUUUAGGCUGUUUGCGGUAUGCGAUGGAGGUUGCGGAGAAUUGCUGAUGGGCUGUUCGGUGCAAUAAUACCAUGAAGAAAUGCAGCAGAGUGGCAUCUUAUUGGUUUUCGACCGAGAAGUCUGCGACGGAAGUGGGUCCGAGCAGUCUUACGCGAACGCUGGCUCCUAGCGUUUGCGUCAUGCUAGGAAACGGUUCACACCUUGCUAGCAGCUAAAACCUUCCAUGCCAUUCUGCUUCUAAGCGGCAUCUGGGUCCACAUGUCGGCGGAUUGCGAAUGCAGCCCCCACGGGAGGUCGCCUCAGAGGUGAUGCCAGCGGAUCGAGUGGUAACGGCAAAUCUUCUAAAAUCUUGGGCUGAAAAUCUUUGAACAUUUUCUGGUCAUUGCUUGACUAAGAUGAGCUUGAUGAAUCAUAGUUCAUUAUUUCCCACGGACGUUCGCGACAGCCUUUUGUCUGCUUUUGGUGCUAAGCGAAACUGGCUCAAGCUGCCCAUGUGCUGAUGUUUUGUACAACAUCUGAUGUCACAACAAAAUGGUGAACCAGUAAAGUUGCAGGUUAGUUUCGGUUCCGGUUAUAUCGUAUUUUAACGAUUCAAAAUUAUUUAAACAUUUUUGGGGAAAUUUACUUGCUGUUCUAGGGUCAGUUUCUUGUGCUCUUUCAGAAAAUAUGUUUAGUUGAAAACAUUCAAAUUGAUACCUGUGCUCACUCCUCUUUAAAGCAUCUUAGUAUAGUCAAAUUCUCUGCAUCCUGUGCCUUUUGACCUUGUUAUGGUAUGACGUCUUGUUGUGAGCGAGAAAAUGAGUCUCGCAGUCUGUUGGAAAGUCUCGUCCUCCUUUAAAGGUUAACAUCCUCCUUGCUGCGGGGACUAGCUUUUAACCUUUGCAACAUUCAUUGAAGGAGCCAGGGGAAUGUGGAGGAAAGCAAGGAAUUUUGGAAACCGAGCAGAAAUCUCAGACAGGCGGAAAAUGAGUUUGUAUGUCGACCUUCAAGAAGCAGCGUCUUGUGCCCAGACAAAAUUUCACCUCGGUGUUGGGAGCCAGAAAAGCUAUUGGGCUUUAUCAUUGAAUGAAGCAUCCUGCAAUCUCCUUUUAAGGGGGGACACUACCCAAAAAAGUAAAUUUUUGAACCACUUGUCUGAUUUAAAUUAUAUUUACAAGGCUUGUUUCUGCUGAUGUUGAGAACAUUUCUGCCAAUUUUUGUUAACCUGGGUGAAGUACAAAAAAAAAUGCAAACGUUCAAAGACGAAAGUGGCGUGUCUACAUAGGAAAACUAUUGUUUUGAAAUUACUUAUAUAUUUGUCGUUUUCAUGUGUUACAUUGCAUUAGGACAGCACAGAGCAGAUAACUAUGGAGCUAUAUUUCUAUGUUAUACCAUCUUUCAUGACAAAACAGCCACAUAAACACAAAUACACUUUUUCAGAUUUCCAUCCUUUGUCCAAACUUUUAGUUCUUGAGCAUGAAAAAUGACAAAAAUAAAAAAUACAAGCUCAUAGUUAUCUUCCCCUUAAAAUUUCACCCCAGAAAAACUUAUAAAAAUGAAUCCAAGUUGCGUAAUAACAAAAGAAUAGUUUUCCUAUAGUGAAAUUUACGCCAAAAAGUGGAAUGGAGAAAAAUGUGUUCAAAGUGCUCCAACUCCCACCUUUUCUUUAGCAUCGGUGGACCGAAAAUAAUUUAUAAAAAAUUAACUGUGCAGUGUAAACUAAUGAAACUUUCUGGGAAUACCUCUAGAUGUUGGUGGAUGUAAAU